GCCGGAAGAAGCAAAAGACGAAAUCGAAUCUCUUCUAAGUGUUCGAUUUAAAGCAAAGUGUAAAUAUAAUCGAAGCGAGAUCUUUAGAAAUGGUGGGAUGACGGCGGAGGGAGAUGGCGAGGGGAGGAGGAGAAUGGACCGGAGGGAUCGCCGGAACCGGAGUUCUCUCUUUCAAAAGAAUCACUCUACUCGUUUGCUUUUUCAACAUUCUCAUUGCUCUCUUUGUUCUUCGCUUUCUCUAUGCUUCUUCUCUCCACAUCUAUUCCAAUAACGAUAACGUUGUUAAGUACACAGCUGAUGAGAUUAGGAAAAUGGAGGAAUCUAUUCGGAUUCGAAGAUCGAAAGAACCUACUCUGCUUGUUCAAUUGGUGAAGAAGCUGAAGCAUGAGGUUUCCACUGCGGAAUCUAAUACUGAACUCUCUCCUAAUGUUAAACACAAACUAGUUGAUGAGAUCCUGCAGCGUCUGAAAAGCUUUGACGAGAAAUCUAAUGUUACUCAGCUUAGAGAAGUUGUAGAAACGUGGCGCAGUGAGAAGCUGGAGGAAGCUAAAGAGCUAAUUCAAGGGCAAAAUGGGGUAAAUUCCACCCUUAUAGUGGAGGAAGCAGGGAUGCUUGUAAGAGCUUUGGAGUUGGAGUGGGAUGUGCUGUCUGAAGAGAUCGGUUUCUGGUUACCUGCUGAGGUUACAAAUGAAGAACACGAUGAUAAACCUGAAGGAGAGGAAGAGCCUGAGGAGAUAUUAGCAGGCAGACCAGUGCCAGCAGUAUGCAAUGCAGAGCUUCACACAGAUUAUGGUGGGGCUGCAGUGAGAUGGGGACUUACACAUCAUAAAGAGAGUGCAGCUGAUUGUUGCCAGGCUUGCUUAGAUCAGGCAAAGCGUGCGAAACCUGGAGAAACGAGAUGCAACAUUUGGGUCUAUUGUCCAUCUGAGUUUGGUUGUUUCUCUCCAGAUAUUUAUGAGCAUAAACAUCAGGAAUGUUGGCUUAAAUACGCAGAGAAGCCAAAACAGAAUUUUAAAGACAGAUACUCUGAGACAUACAGAAACAACCACCCAAAAGCGCCUUCUAUCGUUCCAUGGGUUUCAGUUUUGCUUUCUUGCUUUCCUCCAAUGGAGGAGUUGAAAACAACAGAUGCAGUAUCUCCUCCAGAAGAUUCUAUUGUUAGUAGUAAUGGUGGCAUAAUAGAGCCUGAGUUGCAUCAGCCUCAAGCAAUACCAACAAAACUAGAGAAUAAUGACGAAGAAAAUGGGAAAAUUCAACAAUCUCAUAGUGAAGAAGAUUUAACAGAAAAUGGGAAAAUUUAUAUGGAUGACACUUUUGAACCUUCAAGUUUAUCAAACUCUCAAGUAGAAGAAACACAGGAUUCUUCUACCACUCCUACUUUUGUUUCUCCCUCUGCUGAGAUUGCUCUGCCUCGCGUAAACACCAAGUAUGAAGCAGAGGGCACAACAAGAAAUGCAGUGUCUCCAAGAUCUCUGUAUUCCCCAAGAAGCAUUGGAUCUCCAAGAGCACUCCUCUCUCCAAGGUUUGCAGGAUCAUCAUCACCAUUGAGCAAUGGAACACCCAGAAGUAUGGAUUCUUUUAGAGACUCUAUUGAUACAGCAUCACCUUUUGAAUCUGUCAAAGAAGCUGUCUCCAAAUUUGGGGGAAUUACUGAUUGGAAAGCACAUAGAAUGAAAGCUUUAGAGCGACGCAAUUUUGUGGAACAAGAGCUCGACAAGAUCCAGGAGGAGAUUCCUGAGUACAAAAAGAAAGCAGAGAUGGUCGAGAUGUCAAAAAUGCUAGCGGUUGAGGAGCUAGAGAGUACAAAGAGACUCAUAGAAGAGUUGAAGCUUAAUCUUGACAAAGCUGAAACAGAAGAACAACAGGCAAAGCAGGACUCUGAGCUGGCCAAGCUGAGAGUUCAAGAGAUGGAACAAGGAAUUGCUGAUGAAGCGAGUGUUGCAGCUAAAGCACAGCUUGAAGUGGCUCAAGCAAGACAUACAUCUGCAAUUUCAGAACUAGAAUCUGUCAAGGAAGAGCUACAAAAUCUGCAAAAGGAGUAUGAUGAUUUAGUAAAAGAAAAGGAGUUGGCUGUGAAGGAAGCAGAAGAAGCUGUUUUGGCUUCUAAAGAAGUUGAGAGGAAAGUUGAAGAACUCACUAUAGAGUUGAUAGCUGCAAAGGAGUCAUUGGAAUGUGCACAUUCUUCUCAUUUGGAGGCGGAAGAACAUAAGAUUGGAGCUGCCAUGUUGCGAGAUCAGGAAACUCACCGGUGGGAGAAGGAACUAAAGCAAGCAGAGGAAGAACUACAAAAACUUAAGCAACAUAUAGUUUCUACAAAGGAACUACAAGUGAAACUUGAAUUUGCUUCAGCAUUGCUGCUUGAUUUAAAGAAAGAACUGGCUGAUCAUAUGGAAUCAUCCAAGUUAAAGGAGGAAACGGGUGAGUCAGUAACAAACAGUGAGAUUUCAUUACAGGAAAAGACUACAGAUAUACAAAAAGCUGUUGCUUCUGCAAAGAAGGAACUCGAAGAAGUGAAUGCAAAUGUGGAGAAAGCAACUUCUGAAGUGAAUUCCUUGAAGGUAGCAUCAUCUUCCUUGAGAUUGGAAAUUGAGAAAGAGAAAUCAGCACUUGACUCAUUAAAACAAAGAGAAGGGAUGGCAUCGGUAACGGUUGCUUCUCUAGAAGCUGAGAUCGACAUAACGAGGUGCGAAAUAGCUUUGGUUAAGUCCAAGGAAAAAGAAGCCAGAGAGGAAAUGGUGGAGCUACCAAAGCAACUGCAACAAGCAAGUCAAGAGGCUGAUGAAGCAAAAUCAUUCGCUGAACUUGCUCGUGAAGAGCUGCGAAAGUCUCAAGAAGAAGCAGAGCAAGCAAAGGCUGGAGCAAGUACAAUGGAGAGCAGAUUAUUUGCAGCUCAGAAAGAAAUUGAGGCUAUUAAAGCUUCAGAGAGGCUGGCAUUAGCUGCCAUCAAGGCCUUGCAAGAGAGCGAAUCUAGUUCAAAGGAAAACGCUGUUGAUUCUCCAAGAACCGUAACACUCACAAUAGAGGAGUACUAUGAGCUUAGCAAGCGUGCUCACGAGGCUGAAGAAGCCGCCAAUGCAAGAGUUGCAGCAGCGGUUUCUGAGAUCGAAGAGGCGAAAGAAACAGAAAAGAGAAGCUUGGAGAAGUUGGAAGAAGUUAGCAAAGAGAUGGUUUCGAGAAAGGAAACACUUGCAGGAGCAAUGGAGAAGGCUGAGAAGGCUAAAGAAGGGAAGUUGGGUGUAGAGCAAGAACUGAGAAAAUGGAGGGAAGAAAGUGAAAAAAAGAGAAAGAAUGGUGAUAAUAAUGGAGUGAACAUAGAAAAAAGUCAUGGAAAAAGCAUUCAAGGGUCCAAGGAGAAAGAAGCUGAGACUAAUGAGUCAAACGUAACAGAAACAAACCCAAUUCCACAGGCAAAUCCUGUAAAGAAAAAGAAGAAACUUUUCCCAAGAUUUUUAUGUUCUUGAUGAAGAAGAAGUCACAUAAGUGAGUUCGAUGUGAAGAAGUUAAUUGUGUAAAAUUCUACAAAUGUUAAUCUAUACUAUAAAAGAAGAGCUAAAGCUUCUUUAGUUUCCAAAGAUGUCUGAAACAAUAUUUGAACCCAACAAGAUCAAUGUUUGUUUCUGUGAUGAGUUAGUCAAUGAAUCAGAAGAUACACA